AUGAGAAUUUUCCGAACGAGAAAAUGUGUGUACGUUCUUCCUCUCACAGCUUUCUUGAUUGUUCUCAUCAUGUUCUUCCUUCAGCAUCACAAUCUUGAAACAGUUACAACAACUCAAACCAAGUAUGAUCCAGAAAAACAAGAAUUGAUUCAAGUGCUGAAGAAAGCAGCAAUGGAAGACAGAACAGUUAUCCUCACCAUGGUAGAUGAAUCACAUGCAAGACCAGGAUCUAUGCUUGAAGUUUUUCUACAAAGCUUCGAAUAUGGACACGGGACUCGAAGAUUCUUGAAUCACUUAGUUAUCAUAACUAUGGACCAACAAGCUUUUCGGUACUGCAGAUUAUUGCAUCAACAUUGCAUUCAUCCGGCCACUUUUCAACCUUACUUCUCCGCCAGAAGACCGUCCGUCACAUCCCCGGAUCACACUGUGUUAUUCAGUUGGAGAAGAAAUCAUGUUCUGAUACAAGUCAUUGAAUUGGGCUAUAACAUAAUUUUUACGGAAACAGAUGUACUGUGGCUGAAAAGUCCGUUGGUGAACUUCCAUCCGCAGUACGAACUCAGCAUUUCGUGCAAUUUCGUAAAUGUUGGAGAAGGCGCGUUUUCUGUACAAGAAGGGGGAAUCUUCUUCAUGAAAGCAAAUUACGUGACCCCGGGAUUCUUACAGGACUGGAAACUGACCAAGAUUUUGCAUCCAAACUCAACCGUCGAUGAAUCCAUGUGUGCAACAUUGGAGCUGCAUAAAGACCUAGUUGACAUUAAUGGCGUUCGUGUUCAUAGAAUAGAUACAAACCAUUUCGGUGGAUUUUGUCAGACAUAUAAUGAUAUGUUGGAAGACGCAUAUACCAUUCAUGCUAACUGCUGUUAUGAUCUGGAAAGUAAAGUUCAUGAUUUGAAGAUUGUUCUAGAUGAUUGGAUUCGCUUUCGAAACCGUGUAUCAAAGAGCAAUGCAACGGAAAAAAUUGCUUUGAGGUGGCCACAGAAGUGCACAGAACAUACAGCUCUCGAGUUUUCAUAAAGAAUUCAUAUCUAAAGAAAAACACUAUGCAGAAUAUUCUAUGCUAAAUAUCUUGGUGAAUUGCUAAAAUGUCCACAAUGUCUUGGUGAAUUGCUAAAUAUCUUUGGUUCUUUGUAAUAGGUUAGUUGGGUUACUAGUUUUUAUGCAAUUU